UUAAAAAAUAAUGGUUUUCUGGUCACACCUAAUCGAGUUUCUUAAAAAACAUGGCUGAACUAGGGCUGGAAAAACAUCGAUUCUUGGUUGGCCGAUAUAUUGAUGUUGCAUCCUCUUCUAUAGCAAAAGCCUAAUUUUAUUUAAAAUAAUGAAAUGAUUACAGUGUAAAAAAGAUAAAGAAAUGCCAGGAUAUUUAAAAUAUUCGAUACACAAAACAUUUGGUAAAAUCAAUUUCACGAUAUAUGGAAAAAUAUCGAUAAAUUUAAUAUUUUGAUACAGUUUUCACAUCCCUAUUGGAUUGGCCAGAGAAAAUAAAAAAAAAAACUUUUAAAUCGCCUUGCGGAUACGAACAUUCGCCGCCCCAGUGCCAAGCCAAGAAAUUGUCUGUGAAAUCGCAAAUUACCGGUCAGCACGUGCGCCAGCAAGCGGAUUCGCGGCAGCGGCGGAGGGCCAAACAAACAGAUUUUCCGGCUGAAAAAAACAGGCGGCGGCGUCGACACGCGGACCGAAGGAUCCGAUCCGAACCGGAGAAAGCCCCAGGGACGACUGGUAGCGGAAAGGGAAACGUGAAUGGAGCACAACAUGGACGUGUACGACGUGAGCGACGAUUUGGUGAAGAAGCUCAAUGACUGGAAGCUGAUCGGUAUCAUCUCCGGCAAGUUUAACGAGCUUAAGGAGAACUACCGCAAGGUGGACUUUGUGGAGCGGGCGCUGAUAGAUUUCAAGUACAUGGAGAAGAUCUUCAUGAAUGUGACGCUGCGCGAGGACAAGUGCAACAAGCGGAGCGUGGAGUUUCGCAUGCUGGGGAACGAGCAAUUCUCGUUGAAGAACAGGAAAUACUUUCAGGCCCUGGAGCUGUACAACAAAAGCAUAUGCUACGCGGAGCCCAAUUCGGAGCACCUGUCCAUAGGUUAUGCCAAUCGGUCGGCUGUCCUUUUCGAGUGGAAACGCUACCGGGAAUGCCUGGCCAACAUCGAGCUGGCACGAACGGCCAACUAUCCGGCCAGGCUGAGUCACAAGCUGGACAAGCGGGAAAGAGACUGCCAGCAGCUGUUGGAGCAGCAGCGGCCUGACGUGGUGCCCUACGAGUUUAAGCUCGGCUUCGAUCCGCACGCCCAGGUGCCGCAUAUCGCAGACUGCCUUGAGCUGCGAGAGUCCGCCGACGAGGGACGAUUUGUGGUGACCAACAGGGAUCUGGUCGUAGGCGAUAUGGUGGCCGUUGAGCAACCGUUCUGCUCCACCCUACUUCCGCCCAUGCGGUACAUCCGCUGCGCCACCUGCAAGCGGGAGAACUAUCUAACCCUCAUACCCUGCGACAGUUGCUGCUCCGUGAUGUUCUGCUCGGAGGAGUGCAAGCAGCAGGCCACGUCCACCUACCAUCGCUACGAGUGCCCGAUUAUUGACUUUCUCCACCGAAUGUUCAACAAGAUCCACGGCAUCGCGCUGCGCACCACCCUGGCCGCCCUGGAUCUCUUUCCCAGUAUCGAGGAGCUGAUGACUUUCUGUGACCAGCCGCAAAAUCAGCACAAGUGCGCUUUCGACCUGGACUACGGGCAGCUGACGCGGCAGGAGCAAUAUCGGGCCAUCCACGGUUUGGUGACCAACCAGCACCUGCGCUCCGUCUCCGAUCUCUUCCAGCGCUCCGUUGUCUGUGCCGUGCUCAAGCACUUUAUUAUCGAAUAUACGCCACUCAAGGACUAUUUGGGCGGCGAGGAAGGAAUGAAUUUCUUCACGGACCUACUCUUCCGCCAUCUGCAAACGUCGUCAUCGAAUAUGCACGGCAUCGACCUGGUUGAGCAGGUUAACGAGACAAAGGACGACCAGACGCACUCGUCCGGAGCUUAUGCCUUCCUCUCGAUGCUCAACCAUUCGUGUGCGCCGAAUACGUUACGGAUAUACGAGGGCACCAAGGCGUACCUAUUCGUCCUGCGGCCCAUCAAGGCGGGAAAUGUUCUCUAUGACAACUACGGCGCCCACUUUGCCAUCUUCAGCAAGCAGCAGAGGCUGGACACGCUGUCCAUGCAGUACCGCUUCGACUGCAAAUGCGAAGGCUGCGAGCUGGACUAUCCCACCUUUGGCCGGAUGCCCCACAAGGCAACGGUGCCAUCGGUGACUGACGAUACGGACAUGAAGUCCUUGGGCGCCUACAACUAUGACUUUGCGGCUAGCAACUAUCGCAAGUACUGCGACUUUCUCACGCAAUAUGGAGCUGCCUAUCCGUGCGAGCAGAUCAGUUCGGCGGAGGAGUGCCUGAAGAUGGCGCUGCAUAUCAUGGUGGACGCAGUGCCGCUCAAGGCGAAGAUGUAAUCUGACCCGCUGGCCGCUGAAGCAAUCAUCAACAACCACAACAAAACAACACGGACGAACUUUUCCUUUGCUGACUCUGACUGCAAGAAUCGUAUUAGCGAGACACACAUACACAAACGCGAGGAGUAAUUGAUAACUAUAAACACAUGUUGUUGCCAUAAGUCUGUAGCAUAGGCGCGGCAUCGAGAUGAGAAAGGAUCACGGAUCACAACCGAAAUUUUUAUAUUUGUAAUUGUACAUUUCGACCUUUGAUUUUUCUAUUUUUUAAAUCCGCCCCCCAGCAUCCUCUCCAACCCCCAUUUUCACACAAGUCUUAAGCUCAAAGUUCUAACUUGAUUUAUUUUUUGAUCACAACAAUGUCUUCGAUGAAAACAAAAACAAACAAAGAAACAAAAUGAGAACUUCUAUAGAAUGCCCAUGGUCGUUUUUAUAAUUAUUUUACAAAAAAAAAAUGAAAAAAACCC